AAAGGCUGGUAGCUGCAGUGUAUCGGUCCACAUGUAGUCACGCUGUGUGACUACACAUGCUGUUUAAUGUUAAAGAAAUAUAGAAGAGUUGUAACAGCGAAAUGAAAAGCAGACAAGUCCUAUAGCUCGUUAAAGACACUGUUAAAAGAUGUUGAGUGAUUCUGAGGCUGCAGAGCUGCUCUCCUUCCUAGCCCCCAGUACACGUCCUGAUGUCAAAGGUCAUGCCACAGAGUACAUCAUGGGACUGUCUGGAAACAGGGAUGGCUGCCGCUUCCUCCGCUCUAAACCGGACUUACUUGCUGCCCUGUUUGCUCUGACUUGUGACCCCUCUAUUGCUAUAGUGAAGGACUGUUACCACAUCUUCAUCAACCUGUCAGCUGAUGAGACUCUGCACCAGGUUUUGGUGGCAGAUGUCAAAUUUCUUCCAGCAUUGUUAAAGAACCUCUUUGAUCCAGAGUACAUGUUGUCUGACCAGAUCGGCACCAUCCUGUCCAACCUGACUCGCCAUGAGAAGACCUGCAAGAUUGUGUUCAGGGUCCUUCAGGAGGGGGUUGGUCUGGCUCAGCUGGUGGAGAUCUUCUGUACAGAAGGUUACAACAAGUACGCUAAGCUCCACUGCGUGGGUCCUCUGCUGUCCAACCUGACACAGCUGCCCGAGGCCAGAAACUUCAUCAUGGACAAGGACAGGUGUGUAGUCCAGAGGUUGUUGCCCUUCACUCAGUACCAGGGAUCAAGUGUUAGGAGGGGCGGAGUCAUUGGCACCCUACGCAAUUGUUGCUUUGACCACGCCCUUCAUGAGUGGUUGCUAAGCGACGCUGUGGACAUCCUGCCCUUCCUCCUGCUGCCGCUGGCUGGUCCAGAGGAGCUGACCGAGGAGGAAAAUGAUGGUCUACCUGUGGACCUGCAGUACCUCCCAGAGGACAAGAAGAGAGAAGAAGACCCCGACAUCAGAAAGAUGCUGCUGGAAACACUUCUGCUGCUGACAGCGACCAAAGCUGGCCGGCAGACGCUGAAAGACAAGAACGUCUAUCCAAUCAUGAGAGAGUUCCACAACUGGGAGAAAGACAUCCAGGUUACAGCAGCCUGUGAGAAACUGGUUCAGGUGCUGAUAGGAGACGAGCCGGAGCAGGGCAUGGAGAACCUCAUGGAGGUGGAGAUUCCUGAGGACGUGGAGGAGAAACUGAAGGAGGCUGACAUCAAAGAACAGCAGGAGCUGGAGAGAGAGCAGGAGCAGAUGAAAAAGGAGGAGGAGGAAGAGAAGAAGAAGAGCAGUGAUUCGGAGGGGACAGGCAAAGGACAGGAGGAUGGACUCAUGCAAUAAAGCCUGUUUUUAGACCUGGAAUCUGUGUGGCUUCAUCAUCUGCUGUGUCUGUGACGGCUGUCGGUUUAACGUUCUGUGCGGCUUCAUUCAGACACGACAGGACAGUUACAGAACGACCCGCAGAGUGAGCUCCAUCACUGCUGGAGAACCGCAAGUGAUGAUAUAAGAGAAGAGGAUUGUUUCCUGUUCAGCCUGCAGCAGUGAUGGAUUUUAAAACUCAUUCUUCUGUUAAAACCUUUUAAUGUGAGGGAUACUCAACCUGCCGCUCACACCGAAUCUACUCUACUUCAACUAUAGCUGAAUUCUGAUGUCUGACAGUGAUGAAGGAUGUCAACAUGUGAAGGUGGGAGUCAUUUAAAUGAGAUUCAAGGUGUUUGUUGCUGUUGUUUUUCCUCCUUUGUCCCAGAAAAUCAUUUUAUAGGUGCAUCUGACAUGAGAGGAGUCUCAGCAACUUAGAAUGGAUUCAUUCACACUGUUUUGAGUUUAUUCAAAUCAUAAUUAUUUGAUUAGAAAUUGUGAAUGACAAAUUUAUCAAUGUGUUACAAAAACCCAUGUCGUCAUGACUUUACCAUAAAGUGGCUCUCUCUUAUGUGUAAAAUCAAACACUAUGUGCUGAGAUGCAUUCUGAGCUGCUGACGGAGCAUCUCUCAACUCUCAAUUCCACUUUAAGUCGGUUUAAGGGUGGAAAAAGUCAUUUUCUUCCACUCUGAUUGUAUCAUAAAACUAUAAAUUCUGCGUCGUGUUGUUCCACCUCUUCAUUAAUGUGUACACCGAGUGAAAUAUUCAAACCCAACACUUUUUUUUAUGGUUUCUCCUUCCCUUCAAAUAGAAAUAUUUUUAUCUGCUGCAUCAUUUCACACACACUUUCACAAAAUUCAGCCAGACAGAUUAGAAAUCAUGAGAAACGCUUAACUCGAGAUCUUAAAAUAAAGUUCUGUGAGUUUGAACAAUGUUUGGUUGCACAGAACGAGAUAUUAACGACUUUUCUUUGAUGUUUUGGCUUUAAAAGGAAAAAAACACAAAACACAUGAUCACUGUUAAACAGAACAGCUGAUGCUGAUGUACACUGCGUCUGUGUUUGUUGAUGUGUUUCAAUAUAUUCUAGCAUUAUUAUUAGAAUAUUAUUACAAAUAAAAUAUCAGAUCUGAAGUGUUCCACCAGAGGAAUUAUAUUCUUUUUCAGUCCGAUGUUCUCAAACACAUUGUAUAAAUGUUUUUACAGGCUGAGUAAAACCAACCAGUAAACUGAUGGUGUGGAGAAUUUGCUUCAUGCCCCUUCAAUAAAUUGAUACAUUAAAAAAAAUGUAUUUCCACUCCAAUCAAUAAUUCAGUGUUCUUAUUCUGUCUGAUGAAUGAUGAAUAAAUGAUUGUUAAUUUUUAGU